UCUCCCUCUCUCUCUCUGUUUCUCUGACCCUAUGCAGCAGAAAUGUGCAUAAAAGAGGAUAUGGCGCCAGAGAGAAGAAAGGAACUCCAAGAAUUAAGAUAGUGAGGUCUGUGUGUUCAGUGUACCUUCUUUGUUUUUCCUUGUGCUUAUUUUCAUGUGGGUGAAGCAACAAGAAAAGACAAUAAAGAUAGCUCCUUAUUAAGAAGGAUCUUUGUCAAAUAUGGGAACUUUGGCACUUGACAAUGAAAACGUAGGCUCGGAUGUUUACUGCCAUUUGGGGCUAAAGGAAUCGGCAAAAGGAGUUAUGAAAAUCCCUCGGGUUCUGUCACCUCUCUCAUCACUUCUUGAGAGAUGUGUUCAAAAGAAUGAGAUGCUAUUGGAGGCAACGGACAUUAAAGAAGUCAUGACCAUAUUUCAUGGUUUACGAGCACCCACUUUGAGCAUUCGGCAAUAUGUUGAUCGCAUCUUUAAAUACUCUGGCUGUAGCCCAUCAUGCUUCGUUGUUGCACAGAUCUAUGUGGACAGAUUUAUCCAGUGCACAGAAGUCCGUUUAACUUCUUUCAAUGUUCACCGGCUUCUGAUAACAAGUGUAAUGCUAGCAGCGAAGUUUAUUGAUGACGCAUUCUUCAACAAUGCAUACUAUGCCAAAGUAGGAGGAGUGAGCACAAGUGAGUUGAAUAGGUUGGAAAUGAAGUUCUUGUUUACUAUAGAUUUCAGGCUUCAAGUUAGCAUAGAGACAUUUAAGAGAUAUUGUUCUCAGUUGGAAAAGGAAGCUGCAGGGCUCCAGAUUGAACGUUCGAUCCAAGCCUGUGGGAUCAAAGAGAAUUGGUCCAACAAAGACGAUUCAACUUGUGCUCCUACAGUUGCAAGAUGACAAUGCCAAUAUCAUCUCAACGUUUUAUUACACGAUUUUUCUGAAUUGCGAUUGAAUUAGAAAGUAUCUGAUUGUUUGGCUUGUAAGCCACGAAAAGCACUUCAAUGAACAAUAACUCUAGUAUCUCA